CAAUCUCUAAUGAAAUAUCAGCCUAAUUCAGUUUCAUAACCUAACUUUUAAUAACCUGCAAGUGUUUAUGAAGUCGAAGUUUGUCACAGAAUUAAAUGGAAGGAAACCUGAUUGAUUGAAUGAAAAUUAUCACAUAGAAAAAUGACAUUAUAUCAUUUUGGAAAUUGCUUGGCGCUAGUUUAUGUACCGUAUUAUCUAACAUACAAAUGUUCAGGGCUAUCAGAGUAUGGCGCUUUCUGGAAAUGCAUCCAAGCAGGAGGGAUUUAUAUUUUUACUCAGCUUGUAAAAAUGUUAGCUUUAGCAACGUUCUUUCCUACCGCUGAUAAUGUUGGGCAAGAAGGCUUUGAUAUCUUUGGAGAAUUCCUAAAAUCUUCUAUAGAUUUCGCAGAUCUAGUGGGAAUAUUAUUAGUAUUAAAUGGUAUCCCUGGCAAAGGACACGCGAAGGUGCUGAUGGCUGGAAUAGGAUGGGCAGGAGCGGAAGUACUCCUUACCAGAUUCUUGUUAUUGUGGAUCGGAGCUCGAGGAGCAGAAUUUGAUUGGAAAUACAUUCAAAAGAGUUUAGAAUCUAACAUUAAUUUGGUUCAACAUAUCAAUACUGCAACCUUGGUAUGGCUUUGGUCCAGGCACGAUUUAUAUCGUGGACUUGUACCAAUUGUAAUCGGAAUGCUUCUCCUUACAGUUUAUAGGUUAUUUAUUAUUGAAAUAUUUAUAUCUUUCUUCCUAGUUAGUCCUUGGACAACAUUGUUAGUUAAAGCAUUUGCAACUCUUAUCAUGGGAGCAACUACGCUACAUAUUUAUGCAGAUUUAGCCCAUUCCAUUGGUAUCUUUUAAGGUAUGCAUUCUCUAAAGGUUUAUUGUACACAUAGACUAUACAAAUGUAAAGUAUAGUAAUGAAUGAAAAUGUAUGACUGUUUCCAUUGUCUUCAAAUGGUAUGAAUUUACAAAUGCCAUAAAAAUAUAUUAUUCAUACUUAAAAUAA